GUUGGCUCGGAGGUCUUUCAGUGCACCCCAAAGGCUGCAGGAUGCCCACCUCCAGCGGGAAGUUUGCCAGUGAGAACUUGGUGCUGUCCGCCAGCGCCACGGCCUUGCUCUUCAAAUUGUCGCGAAAGAUGACGGAAGGGGAGUUUCUUGAGAUUUUGCACAGUUUUUGCGGCCCAAUCUGGCAGAUGCAGCUUGGUGUGAGGAAACCUUACGAUUUCAUUCAUCUACCUUGGUCCAAGUUGGCCGUUGUAAACUUCACUAGUCCCAAGGCCUGCGGACUGUGUUUUGAAGUCUUGAAGCUGGUGGCUGGUCGACCUGGAGUGUGUGUUACAGAUGUGUGCGAAGCCGUACAGCAGGGACUGGCACCGAAUUUGGCCCAUUUCUGCGCGAAAUGCCAGCAGAGUUCGAAAGUGAGCUUGCCCUUGGUGUUCAUUGACGGUCAUUCCAUUCCGCCGCUCUUAGCCUGUCAACUGCUUGUCAGUGACUCGUUGCUCCAACAGAGCAUUGCUGAGACAUCCGCGCCCAAGCAGAGACGUCUUGAACACAAGGACGUGUUGUUGGGGAGAUCGAGACAGCUUCAAGGAAAGACAGACGCAGGUCUGUUCGGUAUGGGCUCAACUGUUCUCAUUGAACUAUGAGAGCACAGGGUGUGAGGUCCCGAUUCUUCAUUGACGCUCACCGGCUGCAGUCUUUGGAAGCUGAGCCCUGCGAGAAUCUUUGG